AUGACAAGCAGGAAGAAGAAAACAGCUACGAAGAAUCCUGCCGUUUUCAAAGGCGACUAUUCUUUUGUAAAUAAAGAUGCGAGUAAUAUUGGUUCUAAGGACCAUUGUGCUGCUGUCUCCUGGCAUGUGGUGAACCGGUACGAGAGGUGGAAAAGACAAGAGCAGGCGAAAAGACUGGAAAUUACCACGAGUCAGCCUGAUGUGCCGCAGUGUGCCUCAGAGAAACCAGAAGAAGGGCUGAAAACAUCGUACUCCCUAGAGCCCUGGCAAAGCGACAACGCAGAACAGUUGAUGCUCGGCAAAUCAAGUGUUACCACCUCUUAUAACCUGCAGCAAGUCGACUUACCGCAACCCGGCACUCCAAACACAUCAAGCUAUACUCAUUUCGACCAUGUCAGCAUCGCUCCUGUGCCUCUCGAAGGCGUUCAACUCCCUCCCAUUGUCGCGAGAAUCCUCUCUUAUGCAUACAAAGUCGUGAUACCGACGAGCUGGCCAAGUGAGAUGGGGAGACCGAAGUGGUCGUAUGAAAUAUGCCGAACUUGGGAAGACAUCACUGCGCUGAACAACGACUCGUGCUAUGCAUCUGCUACAUUAUGCUUCUAUGCCACUCUCAUGGCAAUGGCUACAGAUGAUCCAGAGCUCGCCUCACAAGCUUGUUUCCUCCAGAUACAGGCCAUGUCUGAGCUGCGCGAACGGCUUAAUCAACGGUCGGCAAGCUUCGAACCACUAACCAUCAAAGCAAUUUUGAGACUGUUCUCUGCAGAAACGGCAUUGGACAACACUUCUACAGCUCGGGUACAUCUGAAAAUGCUUCGCAAUGUUGUCAGCUCGCAGGGCGGAACGAUAUUGCUUGAUCCUUGGUCUCGAGCGAACGUUUUGUCUGCAGAUUGCUACUUUGCAUUGAAGUACGAAACCAGACCACUGUUUCCUCUUCAAGAGUGGAGUCCAGGAUCCCUGACCCAGCCGUGGAAGGCAAGAUUGGCAAUGGCCAACAUCGUUGGAGACCAUAGCUCUAGUGUGGACGCUAUCAUUGAUGGAGUUCUAAAGAGCAUCCUCUUAGACUUGCGAGAAUUGUUUCGUGUAGAUAAGUACAUGAAUUCCCACAACGUAUCCCCAGAUGAUCAAAUCUUUCGAUGGCGUACCCUCAGAAAACUUGACUGCAUCAGUCGGUUAGGUGAACAACAGUUGAGCGUCAAGAUCUAUCCGCACCUUUUUGCUAGGCCAAAGCUGCGGUAUGCUAUAUGUGGCGGUAUUGCAUUGUUGACAGCAAUGGUGCUCGAGAGCCCUGAACCAGUCAGGUUCGGCCUCAAACUCACAACAGAACUUCGACACAAGGUCAGUGAGGCGCAAACCGAGGCAGAUCAUCAGACAGAUGCAUCCUCCGAGAGUAUCAAAUCCAACAAAAACAAAGUCCUGUUCUGGCUCCUCUAUAUUGGUAUGCUAGGAGAGCGUACACAUCCACUUGCUUCUGAAGCAAUAUGGUUCAAAAGCAAGUUUGAAGAUAUGGCAAGACAGCUGAACCUAAACACAGAGCAGGAUCAGCAAGCAAUCUUGAAGCAGUUUUUAUGGUCUUCAUCGUUAUCGGAGGAGAUCAAACGUGGCCAGAUUGCUAGAAAGGAGGAGAUGCAAAGGGGUGUAUACGAGUCAUGUGGUAUGAGUUGGCGUCAGCCUUCGUACUGA